ACGUUACUCUAUAUAAAGUGCAAACAGCUGCGAUGUUUGGCAUUCAUUGUUUGCACAAGGGAAGCUAAAGCUCGUUGCGGCCCAAAACUCAACUCCCACCAGGACUUUCAAUUAACAUAAUAUUUGCCUUUGGCACGUGUGUACAUGUGUGCGUGUGUGUGUGAACCCUGCUAAAUUGCAUAAUAAAUUAGCAUUAUUUAUAACUGUCCAGAGUUGUGUUAAGUGUUUUACCCAUUGAACCCUGCCUUGUGCGCUAAAGGAAACAUACAAAAUAAAUCAAAUAACGUUAAUAAACAAAACGAGCCACAAUCAUAAAUAUAAAUCUGCUGAAAAAUAAACAAACGUCGCAAAAACAAAAAAUAACAAAAAACAAAAAAAGUUUAUGAGAAAUAACAAAAAUACCAAAGAGAAGCGCGCGCCAAAAAGCGAAACGUAAAUUUGUGUUUAACUUUUUGUUUCGCUCGAUCUUUGUAUUAUUAUUUAUACGUUCGGGAUUUUCCUCUCCCGGCGCUCUAACAUAAAUUUAUAACAAACAGAAUUAAAAUGGAGGUGCAAAAUAUGCGGGAGCAGCCGCUGCUGCAAAGCAACCGCCGUAUCCUUGAUUCCAGAUGUGCGCUAAACGAACUAUAUCCGAUCGCUCGUUUGACACACAAAUUGGAGGUGCUCAACAUGUCGUCGACAACGUCCUCUUCAACUACUGUGGAUAGGAAUCAGCCCUAUACCAUUGAACUGAUCAAGCCCGAGGAUCAUGAGGCUGUACUCAGCAUGCUCAAGACAUUCUUCUUUAAGGAUGAACCUCUCAACACAUUUCUCAAUCUCGGAGAGUGCAGCGACCUUGAAAAGUAUUCAAUGAAGUCGCUUUCGGAUAAUUGCUCAUACAAAGCGGUUAAUAAGAGCGGCGAUAUCAUUGGCGUUUUCAUCAAUGGUCUUCUAAAGCGACCGGCUGCAACUGAUGCACCACCUGAGAAGGCUGCCGACGGCUGCUCGCAUCCCAAAUUCAAAAAGAUUCUGGGACUCAUGGAUCACGUGGAGGAGAAGUUCAACAUCUUUGACAUCUAUCCCAACGAGGAACAAAUACUUGAUGGCAAAAUUCUCUCCGUAGACACCAACUAUCGCGGCAUGGGCAUUGCGGGCAAGCUCACGGAACGCGCCUACGAAUUUAUGCUUGCCAAUCAAAUAUCCGUUUACCAUGUCAUGUGCACCAGCCACUAUUCCGCCGUUGUCAUGGAGAAAUUGGGCUUCCAUGAGGUCUUCAACAUGCAGUUCGCCGACUACAAAAAGGAUGGCGAGGUUGUCUUUAAGCCAGCAGCACCUCAUGUGGGCGUUCGUGUGUUGGUUAAGGAGCUCGGCAAGGAGGUGCCAAAAUCGUUAUUGUAAUUUUAUUAACAAUUAGCAGUAGUAGUAGUUGUAGUAGUUAUGCAUUAUAUAUGAUAUAUAUACUAUAUAUGCAAUUUAUAUGUGUAUGAAAUAUGUGAUUUUUUAGUUGGUAGUUCGGUGGCGGGUUCCCAAACAACAUUUCCGAUUAACAAAUCGUGUGAAUCGUGCGUUCAUUUUUCAUUCGUUAUGUACUUUCAAUUAAACAAUGUAGCAACAAAUACAAUAACAACAAAAAAGAAGAAAAACAAGUACAACCUAUACAUUUAAAUAUUAAUGUAAUUAAAUUCACUCUUCGAAACGUUAUUUUAAGUGUUUUAAAAAUGCGCUCAAAGAUUGCUAAAUAAAAUAAAAAUAAAACAAGUUCUUAAAA